GCAGCAGCUUCCACGUCUACCCAAAGCCCUAAAACUAAAACCCCUCCUCUGCGCCAUUUCUGAUUUCUCCCCCAUAACCAGAACACCUACCUGUUUUUCCUCAUAUUCUCUCACUAUAUCUUUUCUCAACACAUAUAUAUGUUUAUGCAACUCUGCUCACUACGCAGGCCCCGACUAUGAAAGCUUGGAGGGCAUUGAGACCCAUCACUGCUCGCUCAUCCAGACCCCUCAAGUCUCCCCAUCUCAACCCAGCAGCAGCAAGUCUUCUCUCUCGUUUCUUCUCCGCCCAAUCCCAACAAAACGACACCGAAGUUGACGACUGCUCUGUGUUUGAUAGCUCCCAAUACGCUAUUCCCAACACGAGCUCGGAUACUAACACUUCUAAGAAGGAAUCCAAUUGGGAUGUCAAGUAUAGAGAGAGAGCUGAUACAUUGGUCUUUGGGAAGGAAACCCAGAAAAAGAAAUUCACGGUUGAGGGGGAAGACGAGGUGAGCAGCAGGGUACUUGCCAAAUUGUUGCUUGAGGCGGCACUCGAGAGGGCGGAUGAGGAAGAAGAGGAGGAGGUGGGGGGUGUAUUGGUUAGGGAGGAGAACCAGAAGUCGCUUUCCGUAGGGAUGAUUGGUGCACCGAAUGCUGGAAAGUCUGCACUCACGAAUUACAUGGCUGGGACAAAGGUGUCUGCAGUGUCGCGGAAGACAAAUACGACUACCCAUGAAGUUUUAGGAGUUAUGACGAAUGGGGACACACAAAUUUGCUUCUUUGAUACCCCUGGAAUUAUGCUAAAGACCAGCGGGUUUCCUUCGAAGGAUUCCAAAGCUCGUGUGCAAAGUACUUGGAGCACAGUUGAAUUAUAUGAUGUGCUAAUGGUUAUUUUUGAUGUCCAUAGGCAUCUUACGAGACCUGAUUCAAGGGUUGUAAGAUUGAUUCAACGUAUGGGAGCAGAGGCACACCAAAAGCAAAAGCGGGUGUUAUGCAUGAAUAAAGUUGACCUAGUCGAAAAGAAAAAAGAAUUGCUGAAGGUUACUGAAGAAUUUAAAGAUCUUCCCGGGUAUGACAGGCAUUUCAUGAUCUCAGGACUAAAGGGGUCAGGAGUACAAGAUCUUACUCAAUAUUUGAUGAAGCAGGCUAUUAAAAGACCCUGGGAUGAAGAUCCUUUCACGAUGAGUGAAGAGGUUAUGAAAAGCAUUUCAUUAGAAGUUGUCCGUGAAAAGUUAUUGGACCAUGUCCACCAGGAAGUUCCAUAUGGUAUUAAACAUCGCUUGACAGACUGGAAGGAACUACGAGAUGGUUCUCUUAGGAUUGAGCAACACUUCAUCACUCACAAGGAAAGCCAGCGUAAGAUUCUUGUGGGCAAGAAUGGCUCCAAAAUAGGGAGAAUUGGCGUGGAAGCUAAUGAAGAGCUACGGUCUAUAUUUAAGAGGGAAGUACAUCUCAUCCUCCUGGUUAGGGUCAAAUGACACUACUCAAUAAACUAAACAAGAGUCAGGAGUCAGGAGUUGCACCUUCUAAACGCAUAUAUGCAAGCCUUUCAAGUUUGACGGGGAUUAUCUGCGUCGAUUGGACUACAAGAAUGAAUGAAGAUGCUGUAAUUCUUGCAGAAAUGCCCUGUUAUUCAUUUUUGUUUAGCUAUUUUGAUAAGAUCACUCACUUUUCUAGCAUUAGUAUUCCUUAAUAUAUCCUUGUAUCCUUUUUUGUGGAAGCAGAGUUCAUUCAAUCAACAAUUGUAUUAAUUAUUGAUUAUUGACUGGAACAUUUUACUGAA